UGUAUGGGGCUAUAUAUUUUCAUUCUUAUGUGAUUUCAUAUAUGUUUCAUAUGUUUAUAUCUGAAUUGUACUACAUGUUCAUAUAAUGGUCUUCUAUGAAAUUUUCAUGUGGGCACAAAGUGGAGGAAGGAGAAGCUUGGAGAUUAAAUCAGGUGCCUACUGGACAUAAUUGGUCUAUUCUUGUCACAGCCAGCAGUGUAGCCAGGAAUUCAUCAAAGAGGGGGAGAGAAAGUGUGGAAAUGUCAUACCCAACGAGAACUAGAGUGUUGAAUGGUGGGGGAUUGCUAUCAAGUGGAAAUGGAUGCAGUCGAACCCAGGCAGGGAUGAGGAUGAUCCAUGAAAGGGAGAUCCAGGCCCAGAGGGAAGCCUGGUGGAAGGGGGUGAAUGAUUACUUUCAGAAGAAUCAAUGUGCUGCUGCACACUAUGAAGCCUUGUCCUCUCCUCGUCCACUUCCUCCUCCCCUUGAGAAGAGGGAGGAGAGAGAGAGGAAGAGGGGAUGUGUGGAGAGUCGGAGAGAGCGUCUCCGGGCUCUCUUUGAGGAGGAGGAGAAGACAGAGGAAGCAGAGGUUUUUGAUGAAGAUGCCUCACAUCGAUUGCAUAUGGAACUGCAGGCCAAGGAUCUCGCUCAGAGCAUCAGUCUUUCUCUGUAAAUACUUUCAUGAAUGUGUGGACAGCUAAUGAAUGAAAUUUCCAAAUUUUUCUUUCAUGAUUCCCUGUAGAAUUUCUCAAAGGCAACUGAACUUCUUUUAUUUCUUCCAUCCCUGGAAUACGUUCAGACAGGAGACUGAAGACCAACCCCGAGAAAUUUUACAAGCCUAUGCCUGUUACUGAGAGGUUGCUAUUAAAACUCUUGUGAAUACCCUGUAAAAAAAAAAUGAAUGGGAUCAUUUCACGCCUAACCAACAGUGUGACCUACCUGUCGCAGUUCUUUCCAGGAAACCCUUGAAUACCCUACAUGAGAAGCCUCAAAAUCCAUUACUGCAUUUUUUUUUAUAUAGGCAGGUUCUCGAAUUAUAGACUCUUGAAGAUCUGAAUUUUAAAAGAAAUCAGUUUGCGCCAUCUCUAGCUCCA